AUGGGAAAACAGCGAAACAGGGAACAAUACGGUGAAGAAAAUCAUUAUAAAAGGCAGCACAGUCAGAUGGAGAAAGAGGAUGAAAAGGGGGCAGCACGUGACGGUUCCUACAAACAAAAGAUCAUCCAUCUUGCCAGUUCACGGAGGUUUAUACUUUCACAGGUAAACACCAACGCAGCGCUGGCAGAGUCACAGUCGUCGGUGGACAACUGGACGGAAGAGGCAGACGCGAGACAUCAGCAGGAAGAGCGGGAGCACCGGCAGACAGCGAACGUUGCGCGACUCACGCAGGACGUGUGCCGUCUCGCACAGCGUGUGCGCGUCGAUUGCCUGGAGAGGACGUGGUGUGUUGGCGAUCGCGGAGAGCGGCUCGCACCGAGCGCCGAGGAGCAGAGUCUCUACAUCGCACGCGCGCUCUCGCAGAGUCCCGACCAGAUCGACGACGUCGUCCUGCAGCUGAAGAGAAGGCGCGCCGAAUUGGUGGCACAGGUGGAGCGAGCUAAAGCACAGCUAAUCCAGUACGUAGUUGUCAUGUAUGGAGUUGUAUGUAGCCGUAGUUGUCAUGUAUGUGGUUGUAUGUAGUUGUAUGUAGCCGUA